GUAAGAACGAAGGAAGUAGGAGGUGAGAGAGAGAGAGAGAGAGAGAGAGAGAGAGAAAGAGACAAACUUUUGUCGACAGAGAAAUCUUUUUGUCUUUGCUUUGGAAAAAGACAUUCAGAGCAUUUCAGAAACAAACCUCAUACCGUUUGCCUUUCUGUUAAAAAAGUAUCCAGAAAUGAGUCGUUCCCAGUUCAGGAACUCCAGUUCACACAGAGACAUCCAGUCUCCAGUGACUCAGCUGAGACUGGUGCUGCUGGGCAGAACAGGUUCAGGUAAAAGUGCCACUGGAAACACCAUCUUGGAUAACGAAUGUUUUCCAUCUAAACUGAGCAUGAGCUCAGUAACAAAGCAAUGCCAGAAGGAAUGUGGAGUAGUUGAUGGGCGGAGCCUGGCAGUGAUUGACACUCCUGGCUGGUUUGACACCGACGUCCAGCAAAAUGAAAUAGCACAUGAAGUGCUGAGAUGUCUGGCCAUGUGUUCACCUGGACCACAUGCGUUUCUGCUCAUCAUACCGAUCGCCCGCUUCACAGAGGAGCAGCAGAAGACUGUAGAUAUGAUUGAGAAGGUUUUCAAGGGGAACUUCAGUGACCACACCAUCAUCAUAUUUACCCGUGCAGACGAGCUGGAAGGAGAGACGAUUGAGCAAUUCAUAAGAAGACAGGACCAGAGAAUACAGGAUCUUAUUGCACGAUUCGGUGGGCGUUACCUGGCUUUCAAUAACAAGACCAGAGAGAAACAGGACCAGGUGAAACAGCUCCUGAGGAAGCUGGAUGAGUUGCUGAAACAGAACAAGCAUCGUCACUUCUCCAACCAGGACACAGAGGUUGUAGAGAGGGCACUAACAAUGUGGGAACAAAAAAAACAAGAAAAACUAGAUGAAGCAAUUAAGAAGGCCAAACAGGAAGUACAGCAAAUGGCUUUACGUAAAAAGUCUGACAUUAUUAAAGACCUUGAGGCAGAAAAGCAAGAUAUAGAAAGACGCAGGAGUCACAUCCAGGGUAUAAUCCUCCAUUUAACAGCACAGAUUAACGAAGAAAGUGAAAACCUUUAUGAAGAUCCACACAGGCUGCAGUUGCUGCAGGAAUCUCUAGAGAAUGCAAAAAUCAGCAUCAGAAACCUGGAGAAAGAGAAGGAGCUAAGGAUAAAGGAAAGUGAAGAAAAGAAAAAGGAAGUAGAAAUAUGGAUGAAGGUAGAAGAGCAAAGAAGAGAGCAAGAGGAAAGAGAAAAGGCUUCAAAUGAGGAAGAGAAAUGGUAUUACAAUGAAAAACAUAUAACUAUCCUGAAGUACCUCAUCAUUUUUUUGGGAGGCAGUGGAGUUGGAGCUGGAGCUGUAUUUGCACUUGCACCUACACUUUUUAUGACCGCAGCACCUGUAGGAAUAGUAGCAGAGUUAACUGCACUGUUCGGACCACAGGUUGCAGCCACCAUAAUGGCAGCAGCUACAAAAGCAGCUCCUUUAAUUAGUGCAGCAGCAAAUGUAGCUCCAAUGGUGACUAGCCUUUGUUCCAUUCAAUAACACAAAAUCCAAAACAUCUAUGUCUUAUCGUGAGAGUUUGGACUAGUGUUAAUUUCGUCAGACGAGACGAGACGAAAUAUGUUCGUCAACAACCUUUUUUUCAUGACUAAGACGAGACGAUGACAAGACUGCACGACUGUCCAAAAACGCUGACAAAGACUAAAUUAACGCAUUAUUGUUGACGAAAAAAGACGAGACAAAAAUGUUUUGUAUAAAAUAAAAACUAAGAUAAAAUCACUCUUCAUUUUCGUCUACAAUUGUCUCUGCUUUUUCAUCAGCUGUUACGCCUUUAAAAUAUUCACAACGAGUUUGCGGCUUCGCACUGAAAUGUUUAUCAAUAAUAAUCUCAGUAAUAAUGCUAUUUUAAAAAAGACUACAAUUUUUUGACUAAAAUAAAAUUAAAAGACUUUUAGUCGACUAAAACGUGACUAACAAAAAAAGAUGUGAAUGACUAAAUAUGACUAAAACUAACAAGGACAUUUGGCACAAGUCUAAGACUAAAUUAAAAAUAGGUGACAAAAUUAACACUAGUUUGGACGUAUCUAUAAUUUUGUCAUCCUUUAAACCAGGGAUGAGAAUCAGACACAGAUAAUAGAAUUGUGUGAACUGAACUGAAUCGAAUUGAAUCAAUGUAUGUAUCUGUUUUUCCACCAGAGGACAAAAUAGACCAAUAAACCAAGCUCUCCAUUAGCAAACUACCAAUUUUACAUACAAUCCUAAAUUUUAGAUGAUCAGUAUAAUCCAUUUAAAAUUACCUUUUUUAUUUACUACAUAAAUCCAUGUAUUAAUCCAAUAUAAUCCAAUUUACAUCUAGUUUGUUACACUACAAAAUGGUUCAGGUUGGAGUUAAACAUUUAUGGAAGACCCUGUGUGGUAAAGCCGUCAUUUGGAAAUGAAAUUUGUAAUAGUAAUAAAAGUGAUUUAUAAGUGAUAAAUAUUCAAUCUGACCAAUGUGACAUUGGACAAAGUUAAAUGAGACCUGUUACAUUAAAUGAGUUUAGCGCCUCUGCUCUAGUCUGUCUGAUGGUAUUAUUUCAUAUCAGAUGCUUGUAGUGUAGAAAAAAAUAAAAAAGUAACCUUUUUAUUACA